GUUAACGUGAUUCGCUCCUUCUUUGCCCCAAGCACUACACGACAACGACAAAGCGCUUCCUCACAGAGAGGAGAGAGAUAGAGAGAGAGUGUGUGGAUCGUAAGUCUGACAGUGAGGAGGAGGAGGAGGAGGAGGAGGAGGAGAAGAGGGGAGAUGAAAUCGGCCGGAGACGGCGGAGGCACCGGAGUGGACGGUGGCGGAUGCGACAAUGCCACGGCGGAGGCGUUGGUAAUCGUCGGGGUGAAACCCGACGAGAGGAGACGAGAAGUGCUGACGUGGGCGCUGGUGAACGUGGCACGUCCUGGAGAUCGCAUCGUCGCUCUUCACGUCCUCGACUACGCCGUCGAUGGCUCAGCGUCGCUUAUUUCUCUCGUCAGGACUUUUGAUUCCAUGCUUGGGGUAUAUGAAAGCUUCUGUAACUUGAAACAGGUAGAUUUGAAGUUAAAGGUUUGUAGAGGAAAGUCAGCUAGGAAAAUUCUAGUAGAGGAAGCGAAAUCCUAUAGAGCAGCAAGUUUGAUCGUGGGUUCCUCUAGGAAGCACCACACAAUCCGUUCAUCAGCCUCUGUGGCCAAGUACUGUGCCAGGAAUCUCGUCAAGGAUGUCUCGGUUUUCGCAGUCAAGAGCGGCAAAAUCAUGUUCCGCAGAGUAUCUAGCAGCAACGGGGAUGAGGAUCCACAUAUGGAUACUUCCUCUUUAGUAUGUGUACCAUCAGACAGUGUGAUCGAAGUGUCAAAGGUGGCAGACAGAUUGAGUUCUGCAAUAGCCAGUUCACGCUGGAUGAAAACUAGUUGUUCUUCAUCCUUGCAGUGUCCUGAGAAUUCAGGUGCAGAUGAUUCUUUGGCUUUAGUGCCAAUACAAGCAAAUGAGGAUAAUUCAGGUCCACUCCAGUCGAAGCCAGGAUGGCCCUUUCUUCGCCGACUAUAUGUAUGUAAACGCAAAAUCUCGAGCAAAAUUUCAGCUAAGAUGGCUCUACUUCAGUGGGGUUCAAGGCUGCGAGGACGGCAUUCAGCAUCUGUAAUCCAUCCUGACAAGAAACUGAAACAUUCUGUUUGUGAUGAAGAUUGCUCUUACAGUGUUGAUGGUGAAGAUGGUUCCAUUCUAAGGUCUGGUUCAGAAUCUGUAUCCAGUCCACUUUCCCCCUGUAAUGGACUGAAUAUCAUUCCACAAGAGCUGGAGGGUCUACACGAGAGAUACUCUUCCACAUGUAGAUUGUUUACAUACGAGGAACUUUCUUCAGUAACCUCCAACUUCUCAUCCAAGAAUUUGAUCGGGGAAGGUGGUAGUAGUUAUGUUUAUAGAGGGUGCCUGUCAGAUGGAAGGGAGCUGGCUAUUAAAAUCUUGAAACCUUCUCUAGACGUGUUGAAGGAAUUUCUGCUGGAAAUCGAAGUUAUCACAAGUAUACAGCACAAGAACAUAAUUUCUCUCUUUGGUUUCUGCUUCGAGAAUAAUAAUUUGAUACUGGUGUACGACUAUCUACCGAAGGGAAGCCUUGAAGAGAACCUCCAUGGUAAUAGAACGGGCACAUCCAUUUUUGGCUGGCUGGACAGAUAUAAAGUUGCAAUUGGUAUUGCUGAGGCAUUAGACUAUCUACAUAAUGAUCAUGACCCGGCUGUGAUUCACCGUGAUGUGAAAUCUUCCAAUGUUCUUCUGUCAGAUGAUUUUGAGCCACAGCUGUCAGAUUUUGGAUUUGCCAGCACGGUUUCAAAUGCUUCACAGCAUAUACCGGUCAUGGGUGUUGCCGGGACAUUUGGUUAUCUCGCUCCGGAGUACUUCAUGCACGGUAAAGUAACUGAAAAGAUUGAUGUGUAUGCCUUUGGUGUCGUCUUACUCGAGCUCUUAUCGGGGAGGAAACCUAUCUGCAGUGACUAUCCUAAAGGGCAGGAGAGCCUUGUCAUGUGGGCAAAACCCAUUCUAGAAAGUGGAAAGUUUUCUCAAUUGUUGGAUCCAAAUCUAGAAAGCAACGAGAACAAUGAACUCAUCGAGAAAAUGGUGUUAGCUGCAACACUCUGCAUUAGACGUACACCUCAUGCCCGACCUCAAAUUUCCCUUGUCUUGAAGAUAUUGCAAGGGGACGAAGAAGCAACCGAGUGGGGAAAGCAGCAAGUGGAAGCCUCGGAAGAGGAAGAAGUGGCAUCUCCUACAAAUAUAGAAUCUCAUAUAAAUCUUGCACUGCUCGACUUGGAGGACGAGGCCAAUCCUGAUAGCAGCCCGGAAGCUACUAUCUCUGUCGAGGAAUACUUGAAAGGGAGGUGGAGCCGCACAACCAGCUUCCAACUCGACUAGUUUACAUUUUUCAAACGAAACCCUGAAUUCCACUGCUGCAGAAGAACUCACAGGGAAAGCUUCAUGAAGGGCCGAGACUUGACUCAACGGUAAAACCAUUUAUCGUGGGAUGAAGUUGCAGAUUGGAUCUGUCUCUGCAUAAAAUGUAGGGGUAAGACAGCCUAGUAUAUUCCUUUCCGACAACCCCCACUAGAUAGGAUACGCUGAUCUUUUUUUACAGCUGCAACCUCUUAUGUAAAAAUUAUUAUAAGCAUUCAGCAGCCUUUUUUUUUUGUAAACACUUGUGUGAAUUCUUUGUGCUUGAGAUGAAUAAGAUUAUGUUAUCUCA